AAACUCCACGUCUGAACAAGCAGACAUGACGUUUAGUCUGCUUGGUCGCUUCCGAUUUCCAUUCCAGUAAAACAAAUACCAGUGGCGGCUCAUCAACGUAAAUUACGCAUUAAUUAUGUCGCGGGGUCAUUAUGUGCGGAUCAGCUGCCACGUCCAAUCAUUCCAUAUAUGGGCACGUCUCGUUUACAGAAUUUAUUCAUACACAUUUCCGGUGACUUGGGGGGAGGCGAUGGAUACUAGUGACGUCAUGUCAUCUCCCCCGCCGCGCGCCUCCGUGUGACGUCACGAGAUCGCAGGAGCUGUUUCUCCAAGAUCGGAGAAUCAAUCACAUGGAGAAGAGAGGCUCGGCAAAGGCUGGAAGUAAAAGACACCAAUGCAUCCAGUGUCCAUACAGCACAGAUGAGAUGGGUAACUUGAAGAGACAUCAGACAAAACACGCUGGCGAGAAGCCCUUUAAGUGCAGUGUAUGUGGUAACGCAUUUUCAGAGUCAGAAUCUCUUAAGAAACAUAAUAGAACACACACGGGCGAGAAGCCCUUCAAGUGCAGUGUGUGUGGGAAGUCAUUUGCUCGUUCACAAACUCUUCAUAUUCAUCAGAGAACACACACAGGCGAGAAGCCCUUCAAGUGCAGUGUAUGUGGUAAGGCAUUUUCAGAGUCAGAAUCUCUUAAGAAACAUAAUAGAACACACACGGGCGAGAAGCCCUUCAAGUGCAGUGUGUGUGGGAAGUCAUUUGCUCGUUCACAAACUCUUCAUAUUCAUCAGAGAACACACACAGGCGAGAAGCCCUUCAAGUGCAGUGUAUGUGGUAAGGCAUUUUCAUUGUCAGAAUCUCUUAAGAAACAUAAUAGAACACACACGGGCGAGAAGCCCUUCAAGUGCAGUGUGUGUGGGAAGUCAUUUGCUCAAUCAGAAACUCUUACAAUUCAUCAGAGAACACACACAGGUGAGAAGCCCUUCAAGUGCAGUGUAUGUGGUAAGGCAUUUUCAGAGUCAGAAUCUCUUAAGAAACAUAAUAGAACACACACGGGCGAGAAGCCCUUCAAGUGCAGUGUGUGUGGGAAGUCAUUUGCUCGUUCACAAACUCUUCAUAUUCAUCAGAGAACACACACCGGUGAGAAGCCCUUCAAGUGCACUGUGUGUGUUAAGGCAUUUCCUCAUUCAAAUGCUCUUAAAAUUCAUCAGAGAACACACACAGGCGAGAAGCCCUUCAAGUGCACUGUGUGUGGGAAGUCAUUUGCUCAAUCAAAAACUCUUAAAAUUCAUCAGAGAACACACACAGGCGAGAAGCCCUUCAAGUGCACUGUGUGUGGCAAGGCAUUUGCUCGUUCAGAAACUCUUCAUAUUCAUCAGAGAACACACACAGGCGAGAAGCCAUUCAAGUGCAGUGUGUGUGGGAAGGCAUUUGCUCAACCAUUAACGCUUCACAUUCAUCAGAGAAUUCACACCGGUGAGGAGCCCUUCAAGUGCACUGUGUGUGGGAAGUCAUUUGCUCGUUCAGAAACUCUUCAUAUUCAUCAGAGAACACACACAGGCGAGAAGCCCUUCAAGUGCACUGUGUGUGGCAAGGCAUUUGCUCGUUCAGAAACUCUUCAUAUUCAUCAGAGAACACACACAGGCGAGAAGCCCUUCAAGUGCACUGUGUGUGGGAAGUCAUUCCCUCAUUCAAAUACUCUUAAAAUUCAUCAGAGAACACACACAGGCGAGAAGCCCUUCAAGUGCCUGGUGUAUGGGAAGGCAUUGGCUCAUUCAAAAUCUCUUAAGAAACACAAGACAACACAAUCAGGUGAGAAUAAUUUCAACUGCACUGUCUGUGGGAAGAAGUUUACAUUAUCAGGAAAUCUAAAGAGGCAUGAGAAGAUCCACAAGGAGAAUGUGAAAUCUACUUGUGAAAGUCAACAUGCUGCAAUGAGCCUAUCUCUCAUGAAACGAGAAUCAGAAGAAAAUUCCAACUUGGCAACACAGCCAGGAGUGACAGUGAAAUGUGAAGAAGUGAAACGUGAAGAAGUGACGGUGAAAUGUCAAGAUCAAGAUUCGACUCCAGGACCCAAUCUACAAGUGAAUGGAGGCAGCGUGAAGCAGGAGGAGCAUUCCGAUUCUGAAGGAGAGCGAGGCAAUCCCCAGCAGUUUGUCGAUGUGGAGGUGUGGGUGGAGUUUUUGGACAAAGCUGAGUAGGAGGGGCCAGCACGUGUGAAAUGGCACCUUGGAAGAUGUGUAACCUGGAGCUGGAGACGAUUUUCCAUAGCAUUCGCCUUAUUCACAGGCUUCUGUCAUUUCAAGAAUGCAUAGGAUUUAGUGUCAUCCAAGCAGAGAUGGGCUUUCUGUGCAUAUUAAGUUAUUGAGUGUCGAAGUGAAAUAUUGGAUAUGCAAAGCAUUAUGCUGCCUUAUAAAACACUAAAUAGGAAUGUAUUUUGAUGGUUACAUAUUAAAUUAAUAAGUAUGAAUUGUAACUGUUGGGCAUCGCUGUUCAAGUGGCUGUCAGGUGUGGCCAUGCUUUUAUGCAUGCUCCCAAUCUGUUUUUUUAUUGCUUUUUAAAUGCCCUUUAAGAAAAUAAAAGGUAACCAUUUUUGUAAUAUUUACUUUUGGCUUCAUACACUAAAUAUAUUUUCAUGAUAUCAAAAUAAUUUACUGUCAUGCCUACUUUCUGCACUUGUUUCGCUUUUAAUCCCCUUGGGUUUCAUUUAAUUGGCCUUAGCCUGAUGUUACUUUUUUUCAUUUUAUAUGAUGGUAACAGCAGGGGUCUUCAAGUCUACUCUACAUCCCACCUGAUGGCUAUGCACGCACCUUGCAUAGUGUAGUUAUUGUUGUAUAUAGGCCUUUUUUCAUUUUUGAAAUUGAUAUUAAUGAUUUUGCCGAUUUUUUAAAAUAAUCGUUAAAUAAAUAAACACCCUCAAACCUGCUACCUCCAGCACUAAGCAGCUGGAGGUCGUAAAAGGCCAUUAAAUAAUACACUCCGGGGCAAAAGGGGGGAUACAACCCCCUCCCCUCACACACAACAGGCCGCCCAGAGAUAAGCAAUAAAAAGUAAUAAAACAAAGAGGGGGGGGGGGGGGGAAAUUCCUCAAAGCCUCACAGCUUCCAGGGCGGCGAAAACCGGAUAGACAGGAUUUGGUUAUUUUUAAUUAACAAAGUCCAAGAAAAACUCAACAACAAGAAUAAGCUGACAUAGGAAUAAUCUCUGGAAACAUAAACGAAAAUAAUAAUUCCAUAUUAACACUAACGUUAUUCACCUUAAAUUACAUUACAUCUUGCCUUUACAUGACCUUACAAAAACCAAGGAAUAUGAAUUCCAACAGUCAGGAAACUUACCUCAAACUCAGGACAUCAAAAAUAAAAUAAAUAAUAACUCAAGCAUAACAGCACGGAUCCCUGGAAUCAGACGGGGAGCAAAAGUUAAUAAAAACCCUUGAAAUACCGGAGGUAACUUCUAAUGAUGACAAUGUUAAAUCACAAAUCUUGGGAAACGUGAGCCAAGAUGAUAAUUGUGCAGUGUUAAACCGAGGGUUGUCCAGAAGAGAUGAGGCAAAAUGGGUCGGGCUUACACAGCCAAGAUAGACUGUUUCAUAGGAAAUGAUCAUCCCGGCCGUCUUUGUCUUCCCGCAGCACGGGAUAGCAAGAAUGUAACACCAGAGCGAGGGAAAUGACUGUUAUUGCAGGGGGAGCCAUCUGUGCACCCACGGAUGAAAAUAUUACUUAAUAAAUAACACACACACGGACACACGUACCCCCACACCCACAAUGCAGAGCGAGAUCAAAGGAAUCCGGUCCUUUGUGAGAGAGGAACGGGGUAAGCAUCUGUAUUUUUUUUCCUCUCGCAAGAGACGCGCCGAGGGGAGAUUUUUCGGAUAUAAACAGCAACACAUCUCGACAAUUGAGCUCGACAAGGGAGAGCUCGGCGAGCGACAGAAAAGGGCGGCGAGCGGCAGGCUCCGGGGUGGGCCCCGCAUUCAACCGAGGAUGGCGAGGCUUGCAGAGUAGCGAUGUCACUGAGUGCGAGUUCAGAGCUGAAAGACGAAGUAUCGCUAAAAGAGUUUUAUUCUACAUCGAGUGCCAGCUCCCAGCUGCAGCGCAAGCAGCUCCACCGAGCAAAGGUGCCAGCUGCCAGCGGACAAGCGUGGUGCCGACUCGGCUCAUCCAGCAGGGGAAAGAGCCUGACCAGCCGCCCGUGAGCAAGAGUGCCAGCGGACCAGCGGCGAGCGCGAUCGAGCAUCUUCAAGGAGAGGGCGCGUGCGACGCAGCCCCUCCAGCAGUGAAGAGAGCCUGUACCUGCCAGCGGACGGACAGCUAAGCCGACGCCCCGAGCAAGAGAGAGAACGAAGCAGUUUGUAUGACCCUUCCCCCACAUUCAUACCCUCACCACUUAUCACCCGGCGUCUGCUUUACAAAGACACACAAUACGCAUAUCAGGGCAAUUUAAGAAGGGUUGUCAUUCCAAGGUAGUGCAUUAAAUAUCAACUGAUCGUGAAGAACAUUGCUGCCCAUUGAGUUACGUGGAUACGGUCAUUUAGAAGUAUUUUAGUCGUUAAUAAUUAUUUUUUUCUCUUUAUUUUUAAUUGCAUAAUCUUGCCGAUGAAUCUAUUGACGUAUACUUUUGCCUUUGGAGUAUAAUAAUUGCUUUUAUUGCCUUUCGUAUGAAUAUUGUCGCAUGUUUUUUUAAAGGACUUUUAUUCCUAUUUGCCGUAUAUGCUCGUGUUACUCUGAAGUAAUCGUUUGUUCUGUUACCAAAUUAACAACGUGAUCAUUGAGGGUUAAAUGUAUGGAUUAAUGAGGGGAACAUCUCCUGGAGUACUGUUGACAAUUUCAAGCAUAAGAAUUCGCAUAUUGUAGUGUUAAGGUUUUGUUUAGAAUAUAGCUGCAUGCCUGUUUUAAAACCUCUCCCUAUCACCAACUAAGCUCGUAUUACGCGGUGGAAUUAAUCAUAUGUGUGGUUGCCAAAGUGAAACAACGCAACCAUUGAUGGUAAAAUGUACUGCUCACUGAGGGAAAUUCUCGAUGGUACCGGGGGUAAUUCCAGGCAUGAGAAUUGCAUAUUAGAGUGUUAAGGUUUUGUUUAGAAAUUAAAAUUGCUGAACACA